CAGGUUUUCUCUCGCCUCAGAAAAUUCAAGAUGACUCACGAGUCUGUUUGGUACAGCCGUCCCCGCCAGUUCGGCAAGGGCUCCCGUGGAUGCCGUGUCUGCUCCCACCGCGCCGGUCUCAUCCGCAAGUACGGGAUGAACAUCUGCCGUCAGUGCUUCCGUGAGAAGGCCUCGGACAUCGGUUUCUACAAGUUCCGUUAAAUUCCUUCCUUCUUCCGAAUUCAAUUUUCCUUUGUUCACGACGGAUCUCUUUCACGUGCUCGGGCGCUCGGUACCAAAAUGAAGUGAUGAAAUGGAGAGGAGGAAUUCUUCCUUUUCUUGUUCUCUCUCUUUCGAACAACUCCAGAGAAUCGCCGCGAAUUC